GAGUUCUGAGAGGGAUUUUGCGUGCCGGAAAUGACAACAGAGUGUCAACAUGCAAGAUGGCAGCUCAUCACAGGCAGAACACGGCCGGGCGGAGGAAAGUUCAGGUUUCAUAUGUCAUUAGAGAUGAAGUGGAGAAGUACAACCGCAACGGAGUGAAUGCUUUGCAGCUUGAUCCUGCACUAAACAGGCUUUUUACAGCUGGACGAGACUCCAUCAUCAGAAUAUGGAGCGUGAAUCAGCACAAACAGGACCCCUACAUAGCAUCUAUGGAACAUCAUACAGACUGGGUGAAUGACAUUGUACUAUGCUGUAAUGGCAAAACAUUAAUAUCAGCGUCAUCGGAUACCACAGUUAAGGUAUGGAAUGCACACAAGGGAUUCUGCAUGUCAACACUGAGAACACACAAGGACUAUGUGAAAGCCUUAGCUUAUGCAAAAGACAAAGAAUUGGUGGCAUCUGCAGGAUUGGACAGACAGAUAUUCCUCUGGGAUGUAAAUACUCUUACUGCACUGACUGCAUCCAACAAUACUGUCACUACUUCCUCCCUGAGUGGAAACAAAGAUUCUAUAUACAGUCUGGCCAUGAAUCAGAUGGGCACAGUCAUUGUGUCUGGCUCCACGGAAAAGGUGCUAAGGGUUUGGGACCCCAGGACCUGUGCCAAGCUGAUGAAACUGAAAGGACACACAGACAAUGUAAAAGCUUUACUGCUAAACAGAGAUGGGACACAGUGUCUUUCAGGCAGCUCAGAUGGCACAAUCCGUUUGUGGUCUUUAGGCCAGCAGAGAUGUAUAGCCACCUAUCGGGUGCAUGACGAGGGUGUCUGGGCUCUCCAGGUCAAUGAAGGCUUCACCCAUGUUUACUCCGGAGGGAGAGAUCGCAAGAUCUACUGUACAGAUUUGAGAAAUCCAGAUCUGCGGCUGCUCAUCUGUGAAGAAAAGGCUCCUGUUUUAAAAAUGGAACUUGACAGAUCUGUUGACCCUCCAACUGCCCUUUGGGUUUCAACCACCAAGUCAUCUGUUAAUAAAUGGCCUUUAAAGGGUAUUCUGAACUUCAGAGCCUCAGGAGAAUAUGAAAAUGAUUGUAGCACACCGUUGAGCCCAAUCUGCUCACAGCCUGACCAGGUCAUUAAAGGAGGCGCUAGCAUUAUUCAGUGCAACAUUCUCAAUGACAAAAGGCACAUACUAACCAAAGAUACAAAUAACAACGUGGCCUAUUGGGAUGUUUUGAAAGCUUGCAAAGUUGAGGAUUUGGGAAAAGUGGACUUUGAAGAAGAAAUUAAAUCCAGGUUUAAGAUGGUUUAUGUUCCAAAUUGGUUCUCUGUUGAUCUGAAGACGGGGAUGCUGACCAUUACUUUAGAUGAGAGUGACUGCUUUGCAGCCUGGGUAUCGGCUAAGGAUGCUGGCUUCAGCAGCCCAGAUGGAUCCGAUCCAAAAUCACAGUCUCCCAAAAGGAUUUUGGCUUCCUCAGUGAACCUUGGGGGUCUUUUAUUACAAGCAUUACUUGAGUUUUGGCCAAAAACUCACAUCAACCCCAUGGAGGAAGAGGAAAAUGAAGUCAAUCACGUUGUAAAUGGAGAGCAGGAAAAUCGGAUCCAGAAAGGCAAUGGCUAUUUUCAGGUGCCGCCUCAUACUCCAGUAAUCUUUGGUGAAGCAGGUGGACGUACUCUGUUCAGGCUACUGUGUAGAGAUUCCGGCGGAGAGACUGAAUCCAUGCUACUCAAUGAAACUGUUCCACAAUGGGUGGUAGAUAUAACUGUGGAUAAAAACAUGCCCAAAUUUAAUAAGAUUCCAUUCUACCUCCAACCCCAUUCAUCAUCGGGAGCAAAGACACUGAAGAAGGACAGACUGUCAGCCAGUGACAUGCUGCAAGUCAGAAAGGUGAUGGAGCAUGUCUAUGAGAAGAUUAUAAAUGUGGAUACAGAAUCUCAGACAACCAGCUCCUCAAAUAAUGAGAAGCCAGGAGAACAAGAGAAAGAAGAAGACAUUGCUGUGCUGGCUGAAGAGAAGAUUGAACUCCUGUGUCAGGACCAGAUUUUAGAUCCCAAUAUGGACCUGAGAACUGUGAAACAUUUCAUCUGGAAGAGUGGAGGUGAUCUGACCCUCCACUACCGCCAGAAAUCCACGUGAAAGAAAUCUGAAGAGUGACUAAACUGACAUUAUUCGUCUGAAUUCAACAUUAGUACUGUAUAGAAGCCUGCUGAACUCUUGAACACAGAGCCAGUAUGGGCAUCCAUGUGUAUGCUUAGUUAAUCUAACAAAUAAGCAAUUACCCACUGACUCUGCUGUAGUUACUUGAGUUACCUGAAGGAUCCAGAAAACGGAGGCAGCCCAACGUUAUUUUGUUUGUGUUUUAAUGUAAAAAGUCUUUGAUACACACUUUGUAAUGCUUCCUCUGCUUAUCUGUCCCAAGAGUCUUCAAGCUCUGAUUUUCUGUCUUUCAGAAGAGCUUGUUGGUGUAAAGUUCCCAGCCCCUUGCACCAUGUGUGUCUAAGUACAUUCCAGUCUGCAGGUAGUAGUUUUAACUGUCCAGUUCAGCAAGGUAAGGAACAGUCCCUAUGAAGGAGGGUUAUUUGAAUUGUUCCCUGGUGGGCAGCCAUUGUAUAGGCUAUUCAGCUGUUUAGUUAUUUUUUUUUUUUAAAGUAGAAGGGAUACCAUCAUCCCUCCAGGAAACUUAUUGGGUUCCUGGUGAAUUGACGAGCUGCGUUUUCAUGUGCCACACAAUGGCUGCCUGUAAUGUUGGCAUAGACUGGGUACACUGAAAGACAACUCCACUUUUCUGACAGUAUAACAUUAUAAGGUAUGAAGCGAUGUGAUAUCUUUAUUCUUGUAAAUAGCAUUAGUAAUAGUGUUUUGUUUUCUCCUUUACCUCGGGUUCAGUUGCACUGGAGAUUUGUACAUGCUUACUACCAUAGUAUCUCUUUCACAUACAGGCCUCGAUAAGGCAGCACAAAGUACAGGAGCAUGGUACAAAGUGUUGUAAACCUUGCCAGCCAAUCAGAUCUAAAUAUAUUCUUUUGAUCGCAGUUAAAGGAAAUCUGUUUAGCUGUUUUGGAUUAUUGCACUUUACAUGUUGUCAGAAAUUUGCACUACUUUUAUUGAUAAAGCCAAAUUGAAACGGAUUUGUUGCCAAGGUGGCAGUUGUCUGAUGGAUGUAGAUACUGUAUAUUCGUAGAAAGCAUUUAAAAUCUUUGUAUUGGAGCCAUUCUAUGCCUUUAAGUAUUCGUUGUACACAAUAAGUCAAUGAAUACAAGCCAGAUGAUAUAAGGUAAAACAAUUCAGCCAAAAGGGUACCUGCAAGAGUUAAGCUGCCCAUAGAUGGAGCGAAAUUUGGAUGGUUCAGCAGGGACCAAACCAAUUACGAUCUACUGAUGGGCACUGUGGUUGUACUGAUCGACUCCUGUACAACCACCCUGCUAGAAAAUUUUCACUCGCUCAGCGCUGCAGGCUAUACACAAGGAAGUCUCCCCACUGUCUGAAUAGGACAGUGGGAAGAUUCCCCCAUCCACAUCGAAUGUGUGGAUGGGGGUAUCCGGUCAGCUUCUUUUUUUUUUUUUUUAUUCAAUCAAAAAACUGGCUCAUCUAUGGCCUUUUUUAUGCUUUCAUUUUAAUUAAAAUAUGAUUUAUAUAAUUACAUUUAAUAUAGAAUCGGGUUAUUAUAGGGAGAUGCAAAGAGACUAUUUGUUGAGCAUGAUCACCAUUGCUGUUGUGUGUUUGUAUCAGUGGAAUGCAGCUGUGUCUGUACAAGCCCGGAGCAGUUCAAAGAACAUUCCAUAGACCCAUCCAUGUGUAGUGUUCCUCCAUGACAACAAGCAAAAUGUGUUCAUUACUUGGUACAGUGGAUUUUUUAAAUCCUUUCAUUUCUAUAACAUAAAAAAAA